UGGAAUUCGGAUGUCGCCGAACAGAGAAUAUUCUGUUUCUUCCAUUUACUCCUGCGUAGCAGCACCGUCCAAGCGACGGCGCGAAUAACAAAUGAGGACACGAGCAAUGGCGGCUUGCACCCCGCCCAGCUGCUGCAACCGCCAUGUCAGUAUGCAUUAUUAUCACUGACGGGUUGGCAACCCUGAAAAAAUAGAAGAUUUGUGUACCUUGGAGACGAGACGUAUCCACCAGACCCACUGGGGGGGAAAGGACCUAAAAUCAUGGUGUGAACAUUUAACUAAAAUUGGGGGUCGUAUUUCGGUGUCGUAGUAACCAAAUGAAAGAUUUUGGCAAUACGUUUUGGACUUUAGUGUUCACCGUCCUCAAUGUUUCCUAGUUUAUAGUGAUUUGUGUGUAAAUUUAUUGUAAAUAUGGCUGUUAACGGUGAUUCGACACCAUCAGAAAUAAAUGAAAUUAAAAAUCUCUUAUGGGGGCCGUUCGUUAAAGAAGAAGUAUUUAAAAGGUGGGCACAAGGUUUUCACUUCAGUAAGGAUGAGCCAACAGCUCUGGAACAAGAGGAGGGAGGACCCUGUGCAGUACUUGCUCCUGUCCAAGCUUUUAUUCUGAAAACCAUUUUAUCUAAAACUGUGGGAAAUAAUUGGAGAGAAGUCGACCAAGAAGGAAACACAGAACUUCUUAUAAGAGCAGUUUGUGAUAUAUUGUGUCAAGUUAGUAAUUACAACAAUGGAAAAUUUAAGAUUGUGAGACUGAAUGACUGCAUCAGGAAAGGUACUUCUAAUCACACAAAUCACCAUUCCUGUGAUGAUGAUGAUGAUGAUGAUGAUGAUGAUGAUGAUAAUAAUCAGUUUGAACAAUCUUCUAGAAAUCCUUUACCACAACUACCCCGUUUUGUCAUAAUGAAGUUAAAAUGGAUAUUUUCAUACGAUUCGCUAGAAGAAGUGGAAGCAUUUUAUCAUCAAAGACUGGAUGAUUUGACAGAUACUUUUGGUGUUCUAUUAUUUCUGUAUUCAGUUAUGUGUACUAAAGGUCUGGAUGCAAUAAGAAAUGAAAUGAAUGAUCCUGCUGAACCCUUCAUAGAUGGUACAUAUGGUUAUGGUAGCCAAGGGCUCAUAAAUCUAAUGAUCACUGGCCGGGCUGUAAAUCAUGUGUGGGAUCAUGAACAAGAUGUUGGUGGAUUGAAGUUACGUGGUGUAGAUAAGCAAAGUAAAGUUGGAUUUUUGGCCCUUUUGGAACACUUGCGUUAUUGUGAAGUAGGCUCAUUUCUCAAGAAUCCUGAAUUUCCUGUUUGGGUUCUGGGCAGUGAAACUCAUCUUACAGUUCUAUUUUCAUUUGAAAGACAGUUGGUCAGACCAGAAACACCUAGCGAAGUGGCACGUCGUGUCUUUAAAUCUUUUGAUCCUGAAGGAAAUAAUUUUAUACCCAAUUCUGAUCUAAGUGAGGUACUAAGAAAAUUGGAUCUUGUAAGCGAACCGGCAUAUGUAGAUAUAAUGACCAAAAAAUUAGAUCCUGAAAAUUUAGGUAUAAUUCUUCUUAAUGCGUUUAUGGAUGAGUUCUUUCCUGAGGAGAAAACAUCAAUGCCUGAUACGUUUGUCCUUUAUCAUUACAAUGGACUUCGAAGAUCUUGUCCUGAUGGAAAGGUAAUUUAUCAAGAAGGCCAAGCUGUGCUGCUUGAAUGUGACAUUCAGUGCGUACUGGAGAGCAACCCCAUGUUGACAUGCCUGCAGACAAAAUGGCCGAACAUUGAAUUACAAUGGUCCCGGGGCAUUACACCUUCUCUCAAUUAAGCUCAAUUUGCCACACUUCUCACCUGUUAGAAUACACUGCAUUGAAUGGAAAAUGGGGCUUUAGUUCAACAAGCUGAAUAUGUUUCAGAUCCUCUACAAUUCUCUUCAUUAUGGAUGAUCUUAUGUGCUACGAAUUUAUCUUUUUUUAAAAUGAAAAUUGAAGAGGCAAAAAAUUGAAUUAAAUGAUAUUCUGCUGCUUAAUACAGUAGAACUUGAAACACCACAUUUAAUUAUUAGUAAAUUAUAUAUAUUUGUGCUAUAAAAUGAAAUCUAUUUACUAGUUCUCAAAAAUAGAAUAUUAAAAACAUUCUUCAUGUAUAGAUUGUGCUACAGAUUUGAUAGCAGUUUAAUUUACAUGGAUGCUUGUUGCUAGUUAAUAUUUAAUGCAAAAUACUAGAACUGAAUUGAAAAAAUAAUUUGCUACUGAUAUUGCAUUAUUUUAGAAUAAAUAUUAAAUACCUCAAAUUUAUUCCUUUAAUUUUGUAAUAUUAAAGUACCCGCUCUCUAUGUACAUAUGCAUUUAUACUAUACAAUAUUGUGAAUAUGUAAAUACGAUACAUAAUUUAUGAGGUGAGGUUAAGUUCAUUGUAAAGUACAGGUGAAUUCUUCUGGUCUAUGUUAAUGUUUUGUCAUUUUGUAUGUUUACAUCCUUCUUGAACUGUGUGUAACAUUGCAGUUUGCCACUCAGUUAUGCAUUCCUUUUGGUUGUGAUAAAUCAAUAUUGUGCAUUAAAGUAUUUGUUCAAGGAUCUUUCUGUGUAAUAACAUUUUUUUAUUGUAUUCAGUCUUUACAAAGACUGAUGUUAGAUAUUGUAAAUGAUAAAUUGUAGAGAAUUUUUGAAUCCCUGAGAAAGUUGUUCCCAAGAUAAAGUACUUCUGUAUAACAUAUUCCUUUGUAUAAAUGAAUGAAUAUAUAGAAAUUAUUCAUAGGUGGAGAGUUUGCCUUUUAUGUACAGAGCCACAUAAGACUGCAACAGUUAAAUCUUGAUGAAAUGAAUUCUUUGUCAAUUUGUAUAAUUGAUGCCAAAACGUCAGUCAAUGUACAUUAUUUGACAUAAUUUUGUAAUGUGUUUUAGAAAGCAUUGAAAAUUGUUAAUUGUUAUUGAAGGGGAGAAAAGUAAACAAAAUUUAAAAUAAAAUAUCUGAGACAUUGGUUAAUUAAAAUGUAUUUUGGGUAAAUUCAUAACAUUUAAAUGUAAAAUAUAUACAUAUAUUUCGUAUACAGCUUGAAUAUUUUAAUGAAGUGAACUAUGUAUAUUUGUAUUGGUUGUAUAUGGUAAGUAUCAUUUUACGUAAUAUAUAUUGAAAGGUUUAUAGUUAGCCAUUCAAUGGUGUAUUUUCAAUAGUAUUUGUUAUUUAUUGUUCUUAAUGCAUAAUUGUUUUAUUUGAUUGAUUCAGCGUAAUAAUUUGUAAGAUUUCAAUAUAUCAGUUUUCAUUGUAUGAACACAAAUUUAUUGUUACUCUUUUUAUACUCUUAUUAAAUUUUUGAUUUGAAUACUCAGGAAGAAUUGUAAAAAGUACAGUUUAGCGGCAUCUAAAUCUGACCUAAAAUCUCCAGAAUUAGAAAUUAGAACUUGUUUACUUCAGUCUAUGAUUUUGAGAUAAAAAAUUGAUCCUCAAUCCUGUCAAAGUGUAGUGCCAGCAGCCAAAUAAUUUUUUUACUCUGAAAGGCAAUAUUCAGAAGAAUUUUGAAGUAAUAAAAGAUACAUAUUGAUAAAAAUACUAUGUUAAAAUGCUGCAGUACAUAUAUCAGUGAAGUCUAUUAACGAGAUGUUUUUACAGUUACGUAAUGAAAAUGUGAUGUGAUGCAAUUUUUAGUUGUGUUGUGUUUAGAUAGCUUAUGUAAUAAUUAUUGAUGAAAGAAGUUUGAAAUGGACAUAUUAAUGAUAUGACUUUUAUUAUGAUGAAAUUUACUAUGUCAAACUUGUGUCAUUAAUACUUUUAUUUGCAACAAUUAUAAUAGGGUUUUUUGUAUGAUAAGGCUUGAAUUAUGAAUUCUGAUUCGUUUCAUUUCUUGUCCUGUUGAUUUCAUUGAAUCACCUUGCUUCUUUGUGAAUUAUUGAAUAACAGAAAGCCAUAGAUUUGCAGGGUGGUCACAUCCAUGUUUUUUUUUACAGUGUGGCAUCACUGUCUUUCAUUGGUUUUUGCAAAGAAGUGUUAUAAUGCCAAUUGGCCAACAAGUGCUAUAAUGAAGCUGGUUAUAACACUGGUAUGAGUGCACUAAACUAUUGCAUCAUCAUAAAUUAAUUUAUAACACUUUGUUGAACUUAUGGUGAAUUACUAUCUGAGCUUCUAAAUAAUCUUCUUUCUUUCCGUAAUUUCUGUUAUAAGUAUCCAGUGUGCUGUCUGAGGACCCUAUUCAAAAUUUUUAUUAUGGAAAUACAUAGGUGGCUCUUACCUUUUUAUUGACAUGGAACACUACUAAAUAUAAUUGCAAUGUGGUGCUUUAUGUAACACCAAAAAUAAUACAUUAAGUUACAAUCCUAAAGAAUGGUAUAAGAAAAUUAUAUUCUAAAUUAAAGAUCCUUGUACUGAUGUAGAUGACCAGAGAAAGGUCUUAGGGGGGAAAUGGUCCCAUUUUAUUAACAAAGGAAUUUCAAUAUUGUGAAAAUGAAGGCUGUGUAUAAUGCUUACCUUAAAAAACUUGUCUUGAAAAUAGCUUCCAUCAUGUAAUUUUUUCUCAAGUUACAAAAGAUUUUUUCAUAUUUUCUUCAGAUCAGAUUCAAUUUUUGAAUGUUGAUGAAAAUUUAUACCAGGCUUCAUAUUCUUGUUAGUUGUAAAAUUAAUUAUGGAUAAGUUGUGAAUUUCAUGUUAAAUUAUAAUUGUAUAUACACCCGACUAAUUUUGAAUUACCCGUGCUAAAUAAUUAUCAUCCGAUAUGAAAGUGUUUCGAUUUAUACAUUGUUUAAGACACAUAGCACAUCCUUAAAAGUAUGUUGCAAGGCAUCAAAUCAAAACUAUUUCAAUAGUGAGAUAAAACUGAAACUGUUAGUCUUGAAAUACAUUGACGAAACCAGAACCGAAUGAAACAAUUUCACUUCUUAAAAUAUCAUCAUAAUUUUGAACAACGGAUUACAUUCGAUUCAAAUUUUGUUAUUAUUCAAAAUGCAUAUACCACAUUAUUAUUAAUUUUUUUUCAAUUAUUGAUGUUUUACAACCAUGGAUGGGUAAAAAAUGGUUCUAAAAUUUUAUAAUUUGAAGUUCAUUAUUAUUAAUUUUGUAAUUAUUUAUAAAAAAUUAUUUAAAACAUGUUGAAAAAAAUGAAACUUCAGCCAAAAUAUUUUGUUAAGUAAAAUUGGAAUAUUGUUUUCAAUGAUUUGAUGCUGUCGUACUUUCCAAAGUUCCAUGAAAAAAUAACUAGGUUUUGUUUCUUGAGGCAAAUUGUUGGAAAAACUUAUAAUUACCAUCUUGUAUUUGUUUACAACUUUUCUAAUUUAUUUGUAUAUAAUUAUUUUGUAACACAAAUUUAUACCUGAAAGGAAUUAGAUUCGUUGCAUUGUUUUGUAUGGAAGCAAAAGCAAUAUAAAUGUAAAAUGUUCUUAUGUGUUUACUAUUGUGCUUGACAAACUCAUGAAAUUGUUCCUCACAACUUACUGCUGAUUUCACGUAUGUUUAUCAUUGUCUAUCAUAUGUUCUUGUGCUCUUUGCUCUUUCUUCCUCUGCUUCCCUAUCUAAUAACAUCAAUUUAUCCUUUCCAUUACCAUUCAUAGUUUUAAGAAUGUAGAUGAAUGGACUUCCCAACCAUUUGAUUUUAUCAUACCCAAUUCACUUGCUUCCAAAAUGCUUUGUAGUUCUGCUCAGUCUGGAGUGGCUUUACGUACAUGUUUUUAUAGUUUUGUUAUUCUUAAAUUUUCUUAUUAUAUUCUAUGUGAGGUUUAAGAAGUUUUUGAGUAGGCCUACUGACAUGAAUAAAAGAAAGAAACUAAUAGAAAAUAUUUUAUAGCUUGACAAAUUAGAGAAGCAAAAUACAUUUUUGAAUGUGUAAUUAUAUGGUGAAAACAGAAUGUUUUUAGAUAACCAACAGCCAGCAAUUCAUUAAAAUAAUAUAAAGAAUUACAGAAAGUCUGAUUCAUUUUUGUAUUUUUUCCACCUGAAAUUACCAUAGAUCAUGAUAUGUAUCCUAAUAUUCCUGCAAAGAGUUUAUGUGAAAAAAUAAUGUAAAAUUUGGAGAUCAUGUGUACAAUGGACACUUUCUUUUUAGUUUCUUAAGAAUCUUACAAGUGAACUGUCCAUUUAUUGAUUUAUUUUGUCAAAGAAUUUUAAAAACUAUAUGUAACAUAUUAUAGGGAGAAAUACAAUCUGUGCACAUUUUCUUGCGUUCCAGAAUAUCUUCUCAUCUUCUAACCAUAAAUAGUUAAAUGAUAAAUAAAAGUACCAACAAAGCAAGGCCUGCAACAUUUGAAAAUCUUGAAAUUUUCACUCUCAAGUUUCAGAAAACUUAUUUGCAUCAGUACACAAACUACAGAUUUAAUUUUUUUGAGUAUUGUUAACAAAACAGUAACCCAACAAAAUGUGUACAUAGUGAAACUACAUUUAUGUCCAAAAGUAAAACAAAGGGCCAUCUCAGCAUGUGCUCAAUAGAUCAGGGAAACUUGAUGAAAACCUGAUAGAAAUGGGGAUCUUUUCUAUUACAAUUGUGUUUCUUACUUGUAAGUGUGUCUGGAGUUACUGAAUUACGAAUCAAGGGGCUAGAACAUACCAAAUUUCUAAAAAUGUAAGAAGAUUUAGAAACCAAUGGUAAUUAAUUCACAGUUACCAAUAAGAGGAUUGUAAAUAACUGGCAUAUACAAACAAGCCCAAUAAAGUAAAUCUCAGCAUUUGGAUGAGCACACAGCAAACACCAAAUCCUUGAAAAAUGUAUGAAUUAGGUACCAAUAGUUGGUAGUUCUGUUACAUUUCUAUCAUUUGGAUUGACACAUGAAGCUGGGAGAAAGGAAUGUGUGUGUCUGUUAAUUUUUCUUCUUUUUCAUUUAAAUUUCCUUUCAUAUUUUUAACAUCUUAGUGCACAAAACAAUUAAAUGAUUCAAACAUAAAAGGGUUUGUAAAGAAGUUUUUAUUAAGAAAUAAAUUUAACAAUAUUUGUAUUUCUGUUUAUAUAUUUCAUUUUUGUGAAAUAGGAGAGUAG